CCACUACAUAAAUUCCAAAACAUUUUCUGCAUUUUUUGUCAGCUCUUCCCCUUCCACUUCCUUCCAACCAACGCCCAAAAAUAACUCUCUGCCUCUGCCGCGCCACGGAAGGAGGAAGUUAGCUGAAGCAAGCAAGCAAGCCGAUAAAGAUUCCAAGUGUCUGAAUAAUACUAAUGGUAUGUACCAGAGCUUCCAAAACACUCCUCCUCUGCUUUCUCAUUCUCCCUUUCCUCUUCUUCCGCCCACCGACCCGCUGAAGUAAACAUCAGAUUCCACCACCGCCUUUCCCAUGGCCAAGACGGGAGUCUUCGAUUCCGAUCCCACCAGCAUGGUUAGAGCAGCGGAAUUGAAGAAGGAACUCCAGAAGCUCGUCAACAGCAUUGUCGACCAUGAGGAUUACCGCACCGAGACCAUCGAUCAGGCGAAUGAUACCCUCCGUGCUCUCAAGGAGCUUAUGUUGAGGAGCAGGAAGAGAUCUCCUCUCUCUAUCAAGGCCCCCAAGCAGCAGGAGAGUGUGUCGGCGGCGGCGCCCUCUUGUCCGGAGGAGUUCAAAUGCCCUCUUUCCAAGGAACUGAUGAGAGAUCCUGUGAUUCUGUGUACUGGGCAGACUUAUGAUAGACCAUUCAUUAAUAAAUGGCUCGAAGCAGGCAAUCGAACUUGCCCUCUAACCCAACAAGUCCUCUCCCACACAGACCUGACGCCAAACCACUUAAUCCGGGAAAUUAUAUCACACUGGUGCAAGAAUCAGGGCCUUGAGUUUCCUGACCCAAUUCAUUACAUGGACGAGGCUGGAAUAACAUCUUCAGAUCACGACUGGUUUCUAUCUUUACUCGAGAAGUUGUCUUUGGCAUUUCCGGAGCAGCGAGAAGCUGCUAAGGAGCUUCGUCAACUGACUAAAAGAACCCCUUCUUUCCGAGCACUUUUUGGGGAGUCCGACGAUGCUAUCCCUCAAUUGCUCAGUCCACUAUCCGGCAACAAGUCUGGAACCACGGUCCAUCCGGAACUUCAAGAAGAUGUGAUCACCACCCUCCUCAACCUAUCGAUACACGAUAAUAACAAGAAGCGUGUAGCUGAGACUCCAAUGGUGAUCCCUCUUCUUAUGGAAGCACUCAGGGCUGUCACCAUUGCAACUAGGGCUAAUGCUGCUGCAACCCUUUUCACAUUGUCUGCACUUGAUUGCAACAAGGUGCUUAUUGUGAAAUCCGGUGCCUUGAAACCGCUUCUCGACCUUUUGGAAGAAGGGAAUCCUCUGGCUAUGAAGGAUGUCGCCUCGGCAAUUUUCAACAUGUGCCUUGUGCAUGAGAACAAGGCUCGAGCGGUAAAGGAUGGUGCUGUGAGGGUGAUCCUGAAUAAGAUAAGGGAAGGGGUUUUGGUGAAUGAGCUGUUGGCUGUACUUGCUAUGCUUUGUAGUCACCAAGGGGCUAUCAUUGAUAUGGAGGAACAGGGCGGAGUUCCUUGUCUGCUGCAAAUUAUAAGGGAGAGCGCAUGUGAACGUAGCAAGGAGAACUGCAUUGCCAUCCUUCAUACAAUCUGUUUGUACGAUCGAACCAAGUGGAAAGAGGUGAAGGAUGAGGAGAGUUCAUAUGGGACGAUCUCUAAACUUGCCAAGGAUGGAACUUCGAGGGCCAAGAGAAAGGCAAAUAGCAUUCUGGAGAGGUUUAACAGGGCUGUAAAUCUCACUCAUACAGCCUGAUCAUAUGCUGGGAUAGAUCACUGCUGGACAUCGUUGUAAAUUCUUCGUCUGGCAAACUUUGCUUCUGGUGGGUCAUCGAUGGCAUUUGGAUCGCGGGGGGUCUUCAUCUGUAAAUUCUCUUAUGCAGCUGAGGUUUGUGGUCAGUCAUAUGUGAAUAUAAUAGACCAUGAGCUUUAUGAUUAAAAAAAGGACAGAAUGAAUAAAGAAAAGAAAAAGGAGAAAUAAGGGAGUUUUUCUCUUGUCCUGAUCUUUUUGUAGGCCUGCCAUAUUUUCUGGAUAUUACUACUAGUAUAAGUUUUGGCAGCUUCAGAUGUGUGCUAGCUGUAGUGAUGUUGUGUAAUCCAUGGCCCCUCUCAAUGCGAAAUGUUCACAUGUAAAUAUUUCUCCUCCAUUAGAUUUGUCCUGGCGGUGUAUGGAUCCAACAAGUAUUGCACUAUGGAUAAUUGGACAACUGUGUUGUGCGACUGGUACUGGUGUUCUGUUUUGGAGUAUGAUAUUUUACUAGAAAGAUUUCUCAAGUCUCUCAAAAUUGUCACGUUGUUGCAAUAAUAUAUUUUUUUUGUCACG